CGCCUGGGGCAAGCGGCGGGCAGCGCGCGGCUCCCGGGACUCGCCCCGGCACCGGACCGGCACCGGCACCGGCACCGGACGGCGGCGGCGGGGGGCCGCACCGGGGCCGGGCCGGCUCCGUUGCAGCGCCGGGACCCCGCUGCCGUGCCGGUGGGGACUUACCGAGGAGCAGCAGCCGGUGGCCAGUCUCCCUCCGAGUCUAGGAGUCAAAAAUGGGCCGGAAAAAAAUACAGAUCAGCCGAAUUCUGGACCAGCGGAACCGGCAGGUGACCUUCACCAAGCGUAAAUUCGGGCUGAUGAAGAAGGCGUACGAGCUGAGCGUGCUGUGCGACUGCGAGAUCGCCCUCAUCAUCUUCAACAGCACCAACCGCCUCUUCCAGUACGCCAGCACCGACAUGGACAAGGUGCUGCUCAAGUACACGGAGUACAGCGAGCCCCACGAGAGCCGCACCAACUCCGACAUCCUCGAGACGCUGAAGCGCAAGGGGCUGGGGCUGGACAGCCACGAGCUGGAGCUGGACGAGGGGCUGGACGGCGGCGAGAAGAUGCGGAAGCUGAACGAGGGCAUGGACCUGACGGUGGCACGGCCCCGGUUUUACAGCCCGGUGCCGCUGCCCGAGGCCUCCUACAGCAGCUCCCCACCAGCUGGCGGUGACGGAGCCCUGGGCAGCACCAGCAGCUCCCCGCAGAGCCAGGGCCGCCCGCCCGCCUUCAAACCAUCGGCACCGAAGCUCUCGGGGCGCUCUCCGGGACCGAUGCCCCCAGGUAUCGGCUACCCCCUGUUCCCCCCCGGCAGCCUGAACCGAGCCUUGGCCACCAAGACGCCGCCGCCGCUGUACCUGGGAGCCGAUGGCCGGCGCGGCGAAGCCCACGGCAGCUUGGCCAGUGGCAGGAGCGGUGGCAGCGCGGCGAGACCUCUGUACCCUGGUCUGCAGACCCUGAGCCCCGUGCUUCCACCGGGCAGCGCCGGCAUCCCCAACCACAGCCUCUCCGGCUUCCCCUUCCUCGCCCCGGCACAAGCGGAGUAUGGGGCUGGCGAGGCCCCGCCGCCCCCCGGCUUCCUUCAGCCCGGCCCCCCGGCUUCGUGGCAGCCCCCGCGGGACAUGGCAGCACUGGGGACCAGCACCAGGAUUGUCCCCGCCGAGGACGCGGCCCCCGGCAGCUCCCCGCAGCACCACGCCAUCAGCAUCAAGUCGGAGAGGGUCUCGCCGGGGCUCGGUUGCCCCUCGGGCACCCCGCAGCCCCCCCCGGGUGGUUUGACCUCCCUGAACGAAGCCCCCCGAGGCUCCGGAGACCUCCAGCCACGGGACGACUACGCCAAGGGUUAUCCCUACCCCCUGGGCCCCCCCCGGCCGCUGGCGGAGGAGCAGAGGGCCACCACCGUCCCCGUCCCCCCGCGGCGGGCACAGGCUGUGGACGGGUGGCAGAGAUAGCGAGGCUGACGGGGUGCAGGGGGGAGCCGCCCCCCCGCUUCCACCCCAUCCCCGGACCCCCAAGGAGCCCCCCCUCAACUCCCUGGGGCUUCCCAUGGGGUCCUCACCCCAACGCCGGGGCUGCAGCUCCCAGACCUCCCCCUCCCCACCCCAGCGCCCCUCCCUGACACUGUUGUGUCCCCCCCUUUUUCUCAGCUCUGCCCCCCAGCCCCAUGCUCCUGCUGGGCACGGCGAGGUUGGGACCCCCCCGGCGUGGCACGGUGUCCGGUGCCGGACUCUGUCUGUCCCCGUCUGUCCCCGCGUGUCCCCACCGAGCCUGGGAAGUGCCUGGGAAGUGCCACGGGGUGGCAGCAGGACUGAGAGCAGCAGCCGAUGGCAGCGGGGGGGGGGGCCCCAACCCUGCACCCACAGGGCCAAAUCCUGCCCCCCCCUGGUUGGGGUGAGGAGGUGGGGGGGGGGGGGGCAGAGGGUGCUGCUCCGCCAGCCCAGGGACUUUUUUUUUUCUAUUUAUUAAUAAAGAGCUGGGGGUGUC